AUGUCUCUGUUAUAUGCUAUUUGGUAUGAUCCCUGUAGCACUUCUAUGAUUGAAAAAUCAGGAAAUUUUAGUUCUGCUAAAUACCCAAGUCAGUAUCCUGCCAACUCCAGAUGUUACUUUACAAUUCAGCUUCCAGCAGACAGGGUCCUGCUGCAGUUCAACAGUUUCAGUGUGCAGAAAUCUCUAGGAUGCACUACAGAUUAUGUCAGAGUAUAUGACGGUUCCAGUAGAAGCUCCCCAGUCAUAAUGAACAACACCUGUGGAAGUGGUCCUGUUAUUCCCAUUAUUAGCAGUACCAGCGCAAUGCUGGUGGAGUUUGUCACAAGUGCCAAAGGCAAAGGAACUGGUUUUACUGCUUCAUAUGCCAGUGUGCAAUGUGGUGGCAAUAUGAACAAUACAAGUGGAACAUUUGCAACACCAAAUUAUCCAAAUGUGUAUCCUGUUAACGUGAUUUGUGACUGGAUCAUCACUGUUCCUGCAAUGAAAAAGAUACAGUUACAGAUAUCGCCAUUCAAUGUUGAGUUUGCACCCGGCUGUAUUUACGACUAUUUGGUGGUAUUUGAUGGGCCUUCCCUCAACUCGCCUAUCUUGAAUAACAAGUACUGUGGCAUCUACUCAAGCCUGAAAUUGACCUCCUCUCAAAAUGUGGUGGUGGUGCAGUUCUACAGCGAUGCCUCUGAUGUCUUCCCUGGCUUUAAUGCCACAUACACAGCCAUCUAAGUGGCACUCUGACCCCUUUAUUCGGAACACUUAUGCCUU